AUCCUUUUCAGCCAGGUAUUUGUUGUUACUUACCAAGCGUUUGUGUGUCCCUGUGUUGAGGAGUUGGACUGUGAACUUCCCCUGUUGGAUCCUUACUUCAUCCAGAGCCCCGAGGUGUCAGGAGCCGUGGGGUCUGGUCUCAGGGUGACCUGGCUGGGCCACGCUUCAGUCCUGGUAGAGAUGGACGGCCUGGUCAUCCUCACUGACCCCAUCUUCAGCCAGAGGGCAUCUCCCUUCCAGUUCAUGGGGCCCAAGAGGUUCAGGGGCCCGCCGUGUACAGUAGAUCAACUACCCAAGGUGGAUGCUGUGCUCAUCAGCCACACACACUACGACCACCUGGACGUAGGUUCAGUUAGCAGCCUCAAUAAGCGCUUCGGCGCCGAGCUGCGUUGGUUUGUCCCUCUGGGACUCCAGGGCUGGAUGCAGAGCUGUGGCUGUAAGAACGUGAUAGAGUUGGACUGGUGGGAGGAGAGCUGUGUCCCUGUCCCCAGCCCUGUCGCUGUCCCCAGCCCUGUCGCUGUCCCCAGCCCUGUCGCUGUCCCCAGCCCUGUCCCCAGCCCUGUCGCUGUCCCCAGCCCUGUCCCUGUCCCCAGUGGUGUCAGCCAGGAUACAGUGAUGUUCGUAUUCACCCCAGCCCAGCACUGGUGCAAGCGCACCCCAACAGACGAUAACAGGGUGCUGUGGGGUAGCUGGUCUGUCCUGGGGCCCUGCAACCGCUUCUUAUUUGCUGGAGACACCGGCUACUGCUCGUCCUUCCAGGAGAUAGGGAGGAGAUUUGGUCCAUUCGACCUGGCUGCCAUACCCAUCGGUGCGUACCUGCCCAGAGAUGUAAUGAAGUCACUGCAUGUGGACCCAGAGGAGGCUGUGGAGAUUCAUAAGGACGUUAAGGCCAAACACUCCCUGGCUAUUCACUGGGGGACCUUCGCAUUAGCUCAUGAGUAUUACUUAGAGCCUCCAGUGAGACUCAGGGAGACCAUGGAGAAGAAUGGAUUGAAUGUGGAGCACUUCUUUGUCCUGAACCAUGGAGAAUCCAGAGUGUUGGGGGGAGAAAGAGAAGGAGGGGCAUUUGAAUGACCAGUGUGGGCUACAUUGCCAGAAGCUGCAAUAUGAAAGAGUUUGGAUUUCUGACAAAGAAAUCUAAGCUUUGCAUUAUAGCAUUUGCCUGGUAAAAGGGCACUGAUGUACAUAUUUGCAACUUUAAAAAAUAAAUCUGUUUUUAAUGCCAAGUGAUAUUGAUUGCACUAUUAAAUUCAUUUUACCAA